AUGGUGGUAAUCUCGUUUGGCAGGCUGAUCGAAUUGAGUUGGUAUCGCGAGGUUUUUCUUAUUCAGAGGAUGCGUCGUACGUGCCAAUGCGACCGGUUCUUAUGUCGGCUGGUAUCGCAGUUCAGCGAGGUGUCGAAGCUAUUACGCCCGGUAAUGCUCAAUAUGGCAAUGACGUUGACGGCAUGGAUUUAUGUGUACGAAAUGAAGACGGAUGAACGACUAUCGGCAAUGUUUUUAAUGAGCGGCAACAGCACCACAGGAAAUCAGUACCACGAUGGAAUUAUAAACGCCUUUAGCGCAAUGAUUGUACUGGCUGUUGUAUCGUUUUCCAUGUUACUUCUCGCACUUUGGGACUGUCGACGUCUUGUACAACUUUGGUUACAUAUGUCCUGUUUGUUGAUUCUAUUCGCUUGUCAGGAGCGAGUCUUCUAUGAUCUGCUGAAGAGUCUGGAAAUGGACGAGGAUAAGAUCAUAUACGAAUAUUUGCCAGGAUUGGUCACGGCAUAUGGUGGAUUUGGAUGCAUUGCAUUUUUCUAUCCGGAAGCUCCACUUCUACUCCAUCAGUUUUUCGUCCUGUCGAAUUGUAGUCUUGUUUCGUUAUUUUACCUUCGAUCGUUUCCCGGCUAUACAGCAUCCGUGUUUGUUGCUGUGGUGUGUGGCACUUGGCGUCGGUAG